AUGGCGCUUCUAAUAGAGGCGGCAGGCUGUACACAGUGGCUGCUGUGCUGUGCUGUGCUCUGGAAGCGAGACGAGGUCAAGGGCCGGCUGCCGGGCCGCGCUCUCACACCGACACUCGCGGCGCCGCUGCUCGGUGCAGCGCGGCUGUGCCGGCGCUACCGCGCGCGCUCGGGCUGCCCGUCGCUGGUGCUGCUGGAGGGCGGCACGGGCCGCGUGCUGUCGGCGGCGGCGGGCGAGCACCUGCUGCGGGACCCCGAGGGCCGCGGCUUCCCCUGGCGGCCGCGCCCCGUCUCCCACGUCCUGCACGCCGCCGCCCUGGUAGCCGCCGACGGCAGCUCCACUGCCUUCCGGGACGUCGACGCCACCAUCGCCGGGCUCUACUUCUCCGCGCACUGGUGCCCGCCCUGCAAGGCGUUCACUCCGCAGCUGGUGGAGACCUACCACAAGGUGCGCGCCCGUGGCCACCGCUUCCAGGUCAUCUUCGUCAGCUCGGACCGGUGA